ACCGAUAGCAAACGUUCUGUCAUUAUCCAUCAUAGUUCUUUUCAUCAUCACGGUAACAAUCUUUUCCUUGAUGGCUAUUUAGGAUAAAAAACAGUUUCUCCAAACAAGAGUAGUCUUAACUUGUUUCUUAUCUCACGCUAAUCUCAGAUAAAUCAGAAUUCUUUCAAAAUUUUCAUUGCCUGAUAUUAAUCUAUAAGCAUCGCUGGUGAGAAGUGCAUUUGCUAUUGAUAGGUCGAACGAAACGACUUUUUUCUGAGAGACAAUAUACCAUUUGUAUCUUUGGAACUACUACUGACUGAUGAUGAAAUGAAUGGCCUUUUUUACUGGUUAUUUCUAAAUGUUCUAUCUAAAUAUGUUUUUAGAACUAGAUCAUGUAUUAAGAUUUAUAUGUAUUCAGAAACAGAGUAAUAUGAAUAAUAAUUUCUAUCGAAUACUAUACUGGUAAGUUUUAGAACAAAUGAUAGAUGACGUCAUGUACGAAUUAUCUUUGACCCAGGAAGAAAUUUAUAGUAUGAAAACGUAUGGAAAUUUUCUAACGCUUGAAAAAUUCUCAAAUGUUAAUCGAGAUCAUCGCAUGUACUCAAUUGUUAGUACAUUGAAACCAUUUGUAUGAGUUGUGAGGGCUUAAUUUUUCAAUUUAAUUAUUUUGACGAUGUUGUAAGUUAUGCCUGAUUUUUCCGUGAAAUUAUAUUUUUAAUUAGUCCAGUUUACAACAAUAGCCUAAACAAGUGCCUCAAUGGAUCCGUCUUAGGAAUGAUAGAAUGAGUCAUUCUCAUUAGUUGAUAGAUCCAUUGUUCUUGACAUCAAUUUUUGAAUAUAUGCCUACUAUAUUGUGAUUCACUCGUUGUCAUUGAUAAGUAUUUUUAAGCUCGAAUGUGUCUUCUAUUCGAUUUGUACUUCCAUAGCUCAAACCAAUCAAAUGAUUUAUUUCUGAAAGUAAUUAAAUGACGAUAAAAAUAACGAAAUAUUACACAUUUAAAUUGAUAAAAAUAGAAUUGAAACAUAAUAUUGGCAAUAAAAGUAUAGCCUACAGAAAAAGAAAACUAUUCUCUUUUCAAGUUACAUUUUUCGUAGUCAGAUGACAAUAAACACAAACUAAAUAUUUAUUUUAUAAUAUUCUUUUCUUGCUUUUUAGAUGGCAAAUGAAAUGUCAAGUCAUUCGUGAAGAAGUAUUUGUUUCAUUAAGUUUGGGCAAAGUGUCGGGUACUCAACUAAAAGCGAUCAUCUUUUUGAUUGUAUUAGUGUUAUUGCUGAAGUAAGUGAAGAAGCUGCAAAAAAAAAGAUAUAACCAAUUUUGCUGUAAAGAAUUAAAGUAUGAUUUAGGUUGAUUCGUUUUGGCGGUACAUGUUAUUAAUGUUUGGUUAGAAGUUUCUUUUUUGAAUAAAUUCCUUAUAUUAGAUUAUUUUCUUUAGGGAACGUUUAGCAAUAGAAAAAAUAACUUCAGUGGACCUUGCUAGUGAUCAAACAUUAUACCAUAAUUCAUAGCAGAGCGAAUAUUAUUCAGUUGAAUUAAAUUAAAAAAAGAUAGCUUUGAUUUUUUUUGUUUGAUAUCACUAUUCAUACAAUUAGUUUUUUAAUGAUGAAGUUCGACAAUGUAUGAAAAUUGAUCAAAAAAACCAAUAUUAAAAUCACCUGUUCAUGAAAGGUUAUUUAAUUUAAUUUAUAUGAAAUCUUAUAGUUGCGUUUUGUUUUUUGUCUUUCAGAGUGUGAAUGUGGAUGGAAAUAUGAGUAUAUGCAUGGAUGUGAAGUUACAGUGCCUUAGUUUUGUCGAGUUGCAUUUUUUUGAAUUAAGUCGAAAACAGCAAUUUAUUAUCAAUCCAUAUGUUUACUAGCCACUUAAUUCUUCAUGGAUCUUAAGAGUCAUGCAUCGCUUAUUUAUAAGAACGCACUGACUCUGAUUACGAGUCGAUUUGCCGUACUCUGUUCUCAAUAUCCAUUGGUGUAAACCAUACGCAAUGCAUUCUCCCUCCAUAUAAUUCGAGUCCUAUAUCCUGAACGAAACUGACAACAAGCUUUUACAUAGAUUAAUCAAUGUCUUUGUUUGCUUUUCUACUGUAUUAUAUGGUAGAUGGACGAGAAAUAAAUUAUUCGAGUAGAAACAAAAUACUUAUGGACGUUUUUUAAUUGAAAUCAUUAGCAUUUAUUCUUUAAUUGCUGAUCAGUUUUUAUUCUUUUAAUAACAUUCUUUAACAUUUAAGAUUUUCAAUUUUAGAUAAUCAUUACCAAUUAAAGACUAACGCGUAUUUUUGUUGAUCAAACACUGAAUUGUCAUUGUUAAGAGAAGAAAACUUAUCCGAUUGCUUUUCGAACGAACUUGAAACAACAAAAAUAUACUCUUCAAUAUAUGGAUGUAUGUAAAAUAUUGACAAUAUUUUUAAUAUCAAUUCUCAAAGAAUAAAAUACACAUUGUGAAUAGAGAUGUACAGAAAUAGUCUCGGUUUCGGUGCCACGAUCAAAAACUCAAAUUUAUAGUUAAAUAUUCUAUGAUUUUUAAGCAAAUUAUUUUGUAGGUUGUAUCAAUCAGAACAUGAUUCAAGAGAGAUAACUCAAAAAAGUGCUAGUAGUAAGCUAAAUAAAUUAAAAAAGAAGCAUUGAAGAAUAAUUUUAGAUGUGAUAUGUAUGAAUUCGGAAAUGGGUUUCUAUAGACCUGGAUCGGCAUCAAAGACGGUCAUAUUAGAUAUAAAAAUAAUUUGCUAAUAUGAUCUGAAACGAACCUAAUUUAUUUUAUAUCUACGAUAUUUUUAGAAACGUAACUGUUUCCCUUUUUUCAUUCUAGGCUAAUAAAAAAUUAUUGAGAUUAGCAAAACAACAACAGACAAUAUUUGAGACUUUAUUGAAAAAUCUGUUCAAUAAAUCAAUUAAAGGUUUAAAAGAUACACUUCAUGAAAUUAACGAUCUGCAAGAAACACAUUCAUGGUAUAAUUUUAAUCUAAUUCAAAUUCGUGGUCUUAAAACGAAGAUAAUUGCAAUUCAAGAACGAUAUGAUUCAGCAAUUCGUCGUAUCUUAAAUGAAAUUACAGUACAAAAAGAACGUGCAAAAGAAAUACUUACAAACGCACUCGAUCAACUUGAAACAACAAUCGAUACACGUGAAAUAAAAGCUCAUUUAAAUCAAUUGAUUCAUCAAAUUGAUCAACUAGUUGAAAAUAUGGCUUCACAAACUUUAUUGUUGUCGAUUUUCUCUGGCCUAGGCUUAUUCAGUAUUAUAGCUUUCAUUAUCGGUGUGUUUGCUGGUACAUCAGCAUUAGGUUUGCGGACAUUAGGACUAGGUUUUAUUGGUAGUGGUAAGUAA